AUGGAGGCCGCGACGGCGGCGGGCGCGGGGCCGGCGGCGCUUACGGCAGCCGCGGCCGGGGAGCGGCGGGGGGAGGCGGCGGCACCGGGCCCCUGCCCCGCCGGGCCCGCGGCCUUCCUCGGCCUCCCCGCGCCCUUCGGCGAGGAAGAUGAGGCCGACGUGCACAGGUGCGGCCGCUGCCAGGCGGAGUUCACGUCCCUGGAGGAGUUCGUCCAGCACAAGCUGCAGAAGGGCUGCCAGCGAGCCCCCGAGCCCGCCGCGCCGCCGCUCCUCCCGCAGCAGGAGGCACAAAAGGUCGUUCCCUCCGUCGAGGAGUCCAUAACGGUUGCCCAUAUAGUUGUUGAGGCGUCUUCAAUAGCAGAGGAGAUCGGCAACGCGUCAGCGAUAGUAGGUAGUGGGCACAUAAAAGAAGUCAUUGUUGCCGGAGACCACGUUUUUGAAAACCCAAAUGGUGAUGUUGACGGGGAAGUCGCUGAAGAACAAAGCAACCCUGAUGAUCAGGAGCAGGAUAUUUCCACAGAACUGAUAAAGGUUAAGCUUCUGGUUAACAAGGAAGGGCGAUAUGUGUGUGAAUUAUGCCAGAAGACGUUUAAAACAGCAAGCAUCCUCAAAGCUCACAUGAUCACUCACAGCAGCAGGAAGGACUAUGAAUGUAAACUCUGUGGAACUUCCUUUAGGACAAAGGGGUCUCUGAUUCGACACCAUCGGCGCCACACUGAUGAAAGACCUUACAAAUGCAAGAAAUGCGGAAAAAGCUUCCGGGAAUCGGGAGCUUUGACUCGGCACUUGAAAUCUCUGACGCCUUGCACCGAAAAAAUCCGCUUCAACGUGAACAAAGAAAUAGUCGUCAAUAAAGAUGACUUGCCCGCAGGUUCCUGCAGUUCAAACGCAGACACCGUUUCAUCAAUGGCGAGUGAAUCCAUUGAGACCUCGCCUGUGAUUCAUCUAGUGACAGAUGCAAAAGGCAACGUUCUUCAUGAAGUCCAUGUCCAAAUGCAGGAGCUUCCUGUCGUAGAUGAAAAAUCUCUGGACCGAGAUGAGCCACAUCCCGAGGAGCUGCCAUGUGAGGGGGAACCAAACAGCGAGAAUCUGCUGAGGCAGGCCAUGAGGAAUUCUGGCAUUGUGAUAGAGAGAGUUGCUGUGGAAGAAAUGCAGAAGCCAGAUGAGCCUGCUGUACCGGCUGCAGAAGAACUAGAAAACGAAGUGGUGGAAGCAGAAGAGGAGCCCUGUGGGGAACAGUGUGUUGAAAUAGAACAAGCGGAGUCUACAGAUGCAGAAAGAACAAAUGGGUACAAGAGUUACGUUUGCCCUCACUGUAAUGAAGCCUUCAGUGAAGCUACUUCCCUCGAAACACACGUGAAAGGCCAUUUAGAUUACAAGCCUUUUAAGUGUGAGGAGUGUGGCAAAGAGUUCACAAAGGGUUAUCUGCUAAAAAAGCAUCAAGAAGUGCACGUGAACGAACGGCGUUUCCGCUGUGGCGAGUGUGGCAAGCUCUACAAGACCAUCGCACAUGUGAAGGGGCAUCGGAGGGUGCAUUCUGACGAGCGACCGUAUUCCUGUCCAAAGUGUGGCAAGCGGUACAAGACAAAGAACGCCCAGCAAGUUCAUUUCCGUACGCAUUUAGAGGAUAAGCCUUACGUGUGUCAGUACUGCAGUCGGGGCUUUCGGGAAAAGGGCUCGCUGGUCCGCCACAUCCGCCAUCACACAGGGGAGAAGCCUUUCAAGUGUUACAAGUGCGGGCGAGGGUUUGCGGAGCACGGUACUCUCAACAGACACUUAAAGACCAAAGGUGGCUGCCUCCUGGCUUUGAAAGAGGUGGAGGAAGUGAUGGUGUCUGAGGAGAGUCAGUCGGCUGAUAAUUUAGCUGCAACAGUCAUCUCUGAGGAUCCUCAUACUGUUUUGGUAGAGUUUUCUUCAGUGGUGGCAGACACUCAGGAAUACAUUAUUGAGACUGCUACUGAAGACAUGGAGACCAGUGAAGCUACUGAAAUCAUAGAGGGAACAAGACAUGAGGUCGACAGCCACAUUAUGAAGGUUGUGCAACAAAUAGUAAAUCAAGCAAACUCUGGUCACCAGAUCAUUGUACAGAAUGUCACCGUGGCAGAAAACUCCGAGGUAACCACAGACGCUGCAGACACCAUCACCAUUGCGACCCCUGAAAGCCUCACGGAGCAGGUGGCUAUGACGCUGGCUUCUGCCAUCGGAGAAGGAGCAGUGCUGACUACAGAGGGUAGCAUCGAGACAGAAGAAGCGACAGUGACCAUGGUGGCAUCAGAGGACAUUGAAAUAAUGGAACACGCAGGAGAGUUUGUGAUCGCCUCCCAGGAGGGGGAGGUGGAAGUCCAGACUGUGAUUGUGUAAUCGCCAACGUGCAGCUACUGACAGAUGUUAAUGUAAAACUAAUUAUUUUUCUCCAGGUUGGGGAAUUUGAUCAAUUCUAAGUUUGCCAUUACAAUUGUUCAAAGAGCAAGGGAGGGAAUGCCUUAUAGGUAAGUGGCUUAACAGGAUGGUACAGGCCUGAGCUAUUUUCUGUUCAAAAUGGAAAUUAGUAGUUAAAAACCUCUGCGUGGGUAUACCGUGGAGGUGGCCGAUAUGCCACAUUUGAUGGUCUCAGUGUUUUGUACAGCUGCCUCAAAUAAA